GUCGUUCGAUAGCUUUAGCAAUUUGCAUUGUGAUUUAUUAAAAAAAAUAGAGCCGAGAUUUUAAAUUGUGUUGAUAUUCGGCUAACAAGUGCUCAGUUCGACUAAGUGUUCGCGUUGUGUUGAUUUCAUAUAUCAUAAGGAUGGAUAACAUGAAGCAGUUCAAUACCAUGGGUUCUGACGAUAACUGGCGGACUCCAAGCUUCAGACAGACUGUUGUUUCUAAAAUUGAAGAAGUAAUCCAAAGAUCAGGAAUGCAAGUAGCACGUAACAGCAGUGACAUGGAAAAUCAUGUUUUCAUGAAGGCUAAGAAUCGCGAUGAGUACAUGAACAUGGUGGCAAAACUCAUACUGCAUGUGCGGGAGAUGUCACAAUCCAAAGCUAAUCCAGGCGCGCCAAACAUGCAGAACCCCAAUCAAAACCAGCCUGGCCCUAGUCCCCAAGUUCAGUCACAACCUGGCCAGCCAACACAAGGUCCACCAAGCCAGCCAGGCAUGGCCACAGAUCCGAUAAAUGCGUUGCAGAACAUGGCUUCGCAGGGGACGAGAAACCAAAUGAUGAAUAUGGCACAGGGUCAAAUGCAGCAAGGAGUUAUGGGCCCCAAUCCUGGCAUGGGGGGAAUGCAAGGCCAAAUGGGUCAACAGGGCCCCAUCGUAUCACAAGGGCAACCGCAAACAGCGACGAAUUUGCUCCAAACGUUGAACCAACGACCACAAUUGAACAUGCAGUUGCAAAAUAAGCUUGGUGGUUCUAUUGGAAUGGUCCCUAACCAGGGUCAAAUGGGUUCAAAUAUGGGUGGUGGGAUGGGCAUGGGGAAUCCCAUGGGAAGUCAGUUACAGAAUCAGUUGGCAGGACCUGGUAUGCAAGGACAGAUGAUGCCGAAUAUAUCCAUGUCGAACAACAUGCAAGUCCCUAUGUCCCAGGCUAGCACUAUGGUGGGUCAGAUGCAGUGCAACCAGGUAGUGGGAGGGAUGGGGGGACAGAUGGCGCCCAAUAAUAUGCAGGGACAGAUGCCAAAUCAAAUGGUGGGCGGCAUGGGCAACAACCAGCUGGUGAACCUGAACAUGCUGCAGAUGCACCGCGGCCAGGGCAAGGAGGUGGUGAUGGGCGCGGGCUACGCGCAGCGCGCGCCCAUACACACCCAGUUCCUGCGCCAGAGCCCCUCGCCCUCCGCCGCGUCGCCCGGCAUGCCCGGGCCCAGCCCCGUGUCGAUGGGUGGCGGAGUCUUAAGCGGGGCAUUAUCGUCCCCCAUGUCGGGGCUGGGAGGUCUGGGCCAGUGCAGUGGGGGCAGUCCGUCCCCUUCCACGAGUCAUCACCUCAGUCAUCAUCCGCCGCAGCAGCGGGUAAACAUGGGUAUGGUGGCAUCGCCGUCGUCAUCCCUCAACACCCCCGUGGGUACCAACGUGGCUUCCCCGGGGGGUGAGGAAGCGGCUUACCGGGAGAAAGUACGUCAGCUGUCCAAAUACAUCGAACCCUUGCGCCGGAUGAUUAUGAGAAUGGUCAGCGAGGGAGAAAAUGUGGAAAAGCUGACAAAGAUGAAGAAUCUACUAGAUAUUCUAUCUAAUCCAAACAAGAGAAUGGCUUUGGAGACCUUGAUCAAAUGCGAAGUGGUGUUAGAAAAGCUCGACUUCAAGCGGAGUGAGGGUGUGGGGUUGGGACUACCUCCGUCUACUGGGAAGGAGCAAAUAUUCAACCCUCUACUCGAAGUGGUGAACAACUGCCUACAGUCGCCGCUCGCGAACCACACCCUGAAGCGAACGUUCGGUUCCACCCUCGACGCGCUCAACGGACCUGAGAUCAAGAAUCUUCCGGCACCACCUCAAAAGAUAGUUAGGUUGGACGAGCCGACGAUGGAAAUACCAGAUGUUCUGCAAGGGGAAAUAGCUAGGCUGGAUUCCAGAUUCAAGGUAUCGCUAGAAACGAUGCAGCUGUCCGGCGGGGAAGGCGCGAUCUCCCUCAUAGCGCAGCUGGAUGACGUGCGGUUGCCGUGCGUGCCCGCAGUGCACGUGUCGGUGCCGCGCGACUACCCGGCCGCCGCGCCCGCGCGCCUGCGCCCGCGCCAAGCGCGCAGUGGCAGCGCCGCGGACUGCUUCCUAGCGAGGGUGGAGAAGGCGAUGGACGCCAGGUGUGCGAGAUUACCGAAGAGCUGUUCAGUGGGUCAGCUGUUGGAUGCAUGGGAGAUGAGCGUGCGACAAGCGUGUGCGCCCACGCCCGUCUCGUACACGCCCGUACCAGCUCUUGGACUAUAAACAUUGAGUGGGUAUGUCGUCAAAUGUUCGGGUAACUCCGUGACAUCUUUCGUUCGGUCUCUCAGUGGCCGAGUUUCAAAGUCUUCGAGCAGUGCGUGUUGCCAGUGAUGACUUAUUCUAAAGCCACUAAAAAUGGCCUGAUCAGAAAGUUCAGAGUCACUUAGCUGUCCACGAAGAGAGCUAUGCUCGUGGUUACUCUACUUGAUCACAUUAGAUUCAUAGAUGAACCCAAGGUCAUCAAUAAAGCUCAACGAAAAACGAAGUUGAAGUGGCAACGAGCGGUGCACAUAGCUCAAAGAACGUUGGGAUCCUCAGGUUCCGGAGUACGAGUUCUGGAUACGGGAAAACGCAACCCUGCUAAAUAGCGGACGACAUCAAACAAGUCGCAGGGAUUCUCUGGAUACAAACGUGACAGUGAAAAUUGGGAGAUGACCUUGAGUGUGACAAUAUCCCACAAACAAAACUAUGUACAACAAUGGGCAUCUAUCUAUAGUCAAGUCAAAAAGUUGCCACAACCAAUAAUGCCACGCGUGUUGAGUCAAAUGCAAUCAUGGGAUUUCAUACCACGUAAUUCAAGAAGAAGUAUUGUGAUGCAUUAUGUGCACUUGCCAAUAUUGAUUCCUAAUUUAAAUAUAUCGUGUUAAAUACGUGAAUUGUAAUAUAAUAAUAUAA